UCGAGAAAACUUUGAGUUUGAUCAAAAUGGAAAAAAACCCCAAAACAUGCCAUUUAUGAUGCUAUAUCCUAAAUUAAAAGAAUACGAAUAUGUUGUUAUGGAAUAUCAAUAGAUUUUUUACCAUUUAUAAAUGGAAAAUGUGUUUGUAAAACGUGAAGGAGGUGAAAUCGAAUCAUCAAUGGCCGUGUAUUUGUGUGAGCGGUUUUACACAAGAUCGUGGCUAUGCCUGGGUCUUCUGUUCAUCGUCUGCAUUGGCGUCAACAUGAUCGUAUUUUGGAGUGGCUUUCGCAUUCGGUCUUUCAACGUCUUCAGUAAAUCCCACCUUCAUAAUCGAGUAGAAGCCAUAGCAUCCGAUAAAACAGACAACAUUCCACCAGAGAGCGUAGAAUUAACCGAAACAUUCCCACCAGUUUUACUUUCACUUUCAAACAAGACUAAUUCCACCACAUCUCAGAACAUCGUCCCACAUGAUUUUAAAUAUGUAAUCAACGAACCAGACACCUGUAGAAGUCCGCCCAUUUUGAUCAUAAUCGUGUGUACCGCGGUGAAGAAUUAUCACCCGCGGGUUGGUGUGAGAAGCACGUGGGGUUCACCGGAACACCUCAAACUGAGCAACAGUAAACUGGUCUUUCUUGUUGGACGCGUAAAUUCCCCGUUUCUGCAGGAAAAACUGGAAAAUGAAAGCAAGCUUUACAGUGAUAUAGUACAAGCGGACUUCGUGGACAGCUAUCAAAAUCUGAGCAUCAAGUCUGUCGUUUUGCUCAACUGGGCCAAAACCUAUUGUGCAGGUUCCAGGUUUGUUCUCAAGGCAGAUGACGAUAUGUAUGUGAACGUUCCAAACCUCUUGAAAGAUCUGGUGAAGAUGACACCACCGAAAUUUAUCAUGGGCCAUAUAUUUCAAGGAGCCAAACCCAUCCAGGACAAGCGGUCAAAAUGGUAUACACCUCUAAAUGCUUUUUCGGAAAAAGUUUAUCCGAAAUAUGUUUCCGGUACAACGUAUGCUAUGACCACCAAUUCAGCAGCCGAUUUGUAUAAAGCAUCGUUAGAAAUAAAGACAUUUUGGCUAGAGGAUGUGUAUAUCACUGGCUUACUGGCAAGAAAAGCGGGAAUACCCCGAUUUCAUAAUCCAAAAUUUAACUACAUCACAACACCGACAACGGGAUGUUUCUUUAAAGACGCAAUCACCGGACAUAGAUAUUACUCUGCAGAAUUGUUUAAAAUUCACCGUGAGCUGUAUAGUGCAAAUCUAACCUGUAAAACAUAGUUCCCUGCAGAUCUCAGGGUGGACUAAAAUAUUUAGGCAGUGUUUUUGUGUGAAAAUCUUUUUUGGGUGUUGCACUAUGAAAUUAAAUAUUUACAAUGUUGACUGCAUGGGGGUAUGGAGGAGGGCCUCCCCAGAAAGAAAAUGGGAGAAUUUUAGGGUUACUAAGGGUUAAGAAAAUCAUACAGUAAUAAUAAGAGUCAUUAAUUUUGUCAAAAGGUUGACAUAUAAAAAUAAAUUCUGCAAAAAUAUUUGCGUACGAGGCUGUUGGGGGAUUGGUUAAUUUGCUCCUUUAACAGAUUAUGGAAAGCCAUUUAAAGUAUUACCAUAUUGAGAAUUGAUAUUGAAUCCCUAUGUACUAUCCUGUCUGUGGGAUUAUGCAUAUAGAAAUACAUACAUGUACCCUGAUGAUAAUCGAAAAAUUAUAAAUGCUAGUGAUUCAUUGUGUUACGAUUGUAUAGCCUCUCAUAAGAAUAACAGAUAUGACUGUGUGCUUCAUUAGGCCUACUAUACUAUCCUGUAACUGUAUGACAACGGAAAUCGUUAUUGGAACAAAGGAAUAGAGUAUUAUUAUCCCAUAUUUAAAAAAAAAGAAUUGAAACCGUUAUUAAAAUAGACUUUGUAGUCUUUGAGCAAGUUAGUUGUAUACUGUCCAGUGCAUUAAAAUAUAAGCCUUUGGCAACGACUUAAUAAUUCAAACAGUAGAUGAACAUAUUUCCUACAUUUGUCUGGAUACUCGUCCGUUUACGUUAACUUUUCCAUCUAGGAGCCAGAUGGCACCUACUUAUAUUUUUAUAUAGAUAGUAUGAAAUGUUGUUUUCACCAAAUAAAAAAAUGGUCACAUGUAUGCAACCAAAUCGGUCAUAAUGUAUAGGGCUGAUACUAACCGUUUUCAUUUUUAAUGCGUAUGUCGUUUUUUUAGAGAUUACAGGACCUGGUGCAUUACGUUUUUAUGAAUUAUACAUUAUUUGUUGAAUACUAGUUUUAAGCUCUUGUAAUCUCGUAAUUAAUUUAUGCAAUGUUGUUCAUAAAAACAAAGAUAUCGAAAUCAUAAAAUAAUAAUAUUGGGUUAAUAUAAUAUUUUUGCUUAUUAUUAUUGUUUUUUAAUUGAAAAAAAAUCAAGUCUCCUGUUAAAAACUUCGCCUUUUCAAAGUUUGAGAGAGUGAUUACAAAAAAUUAAUUAUUAACAAAAGGACAUAGAAAACGGAAACAAUGAAUGUUCUAUGGCAUUGCCGAUUGAUUUAGUUAAUUCACAGGGUUGUGUAUUGUUAUGAAGACAUUCAUUGUCAACUGCCCUUAAGAUUAGAUGGUGCUCAUAUUCAUAUGAUCUAUAUUAAAUAUUUGCCAAAGGUACACUUUUAUCUGAAAAUAAUUGUAUCAGCAUUAUUUAGUAUUUAUAUAUACAUGUGUAUAUAUAUAUAUAUAUAUAUUAUUUAUGUAUUUAGCAAAAGCUUAUUGCUUAGUUAUUUUUAAAAUUAACAUUAUAGGGACAUACCCUAG